AUGGCGGGUGAGCCAGGAGAGAUGGAGACAUCGCAGGAGCUCACAACACUUGAUAUGAACAGCAGCCUGUCAAAUGCCUACACGAACAACAGUAACGCUACCAACCACAGCAGUAUCACCUACUACCCCUACUACCAACACUCUCUGCCUGUGGCGGCCGCUCUGACUUUAGCCUACCUCUUCAUCUUUCUGCUGUGCAUGGUGGGAAAUGGCUUGGUAUGUCUGAUUGUGUUGGAGAACCGGCGGAUGAGAACAGUCACGAACCUCUUCAUACUUAACCUGGCCGUGAGCGACCUUUUAGUGGGCGUUUUUUGCAUCCCAACAACCCUGGUGGACAACCUCAUCACAGGCUGGCCGUUCACUAACAUUGUCUGUAAGAUGAGUGGUCUGGUGCAAGGCAUGUCUGUGUCUGCCUCUGUGUUCACACUGGUGGCCAUCGCAGUGGACAGGUUCCGUUGCAUUGUGUACCCGUUCCAACCCAAACUCACCCUGCUGGUUGCCAAGGUGACCAUAGUGAUGAUCUGGGUGCUUGCUGUGGUGAUCAUGUGCCCAUCGGCUGUGACGUUAACCGUGGAGAGAGUGGAGCAUCACUACAUGGUCCACGGCGAAGACUACAACCACACGUACCCGCUUUUCUCCUGCUUUGAGAACUGGGCCAAUCCACAGAUGAGGAAGGUCUACACCACUGUCCUGUUUGCACACAUUUACCUCAUCCCCCUCACCUUAAUCACGCUAAUGUAUGGGCGAAUCGGGAUCAAACUCUACACCACGUCUGUGAUCUCAGGGAAUGAUCAGCAUGAUGGAGGACAGCCGCACACGUCCCCUCAGGCCCCUGGAGGCCACCAGGAAGGUCGGCCCCUCAUUUCUCAGAAGAAGAUCAAAGUUAUUAAGAUGCUAAGCAUCGUGGCCCUGUUAUUCACACUUUCCUGGCUGCCUCUGUGGACUCUGAUGCUCCUCACGGAUUAUGGAGGUCUAAAUGAAGAUGAGCUGGAACUGCUGAGCGGCUAUGUGUUCCCGUUUGCUCACUGGUUGGCCUUUUCCAAUUCCAGCGUCAAUCCGAUCAUCUAUGGUUACUACAACGAGAACUUCAAGAGGGGUUUUCAGGCGGUCUGCAGGGCACAUUCGUGCUGCUUCGAGGGAAUGACAGCAAGAAGAGGAAUGCGACGGAAAUCAAGAGGAGAAUCGAGGGAUCCUGCCAUUAACUCCAAUCCUUUGAAUUUCGGUGCAAGGAACAGGGUUUACACUGACGGCGACCUGAAGAACUCUGGCACGUGUAUGGAGCUGGAGCACAGGAGAACUGGAAGACUUUGUAAUAACUCGGUGUGCUCCAAUGAAACUGGAUCCAGCGUGGGAUCUGGGAUUAAAGGGGUCACAAACCAAAAAGCCUUUCAGAUGGAGGAGGCAGAGAAAAAAAGUCCCAUCAGAGGAAGUAAAAACCAAGCCUGGGAUCAGUAGAUGGAUUACAGUUGAGACGUUUGUGAAUCUGUGAAUCUUAAAUCAGAUCGAGUUCAAAUGUCUUAAGCUUUUCAGACAAAAAGAGAACGAUUCGCUCUUCACAAUCUGAAUGAACUACUUUUUCUACAUUUUGGGCUCAAAAGCCACAAGCUCUGCUUUGUUCCCUGGAAAGUGCAAACAAGUAUAAUCCUAAAAGGGAUGAAUUCAAAAUACGGCACAUUAAAUCAUUUGUUUGCAGACA